AUGGCGAAAACGAACAAUUUCGACAAACAAUCUGGGACCGUCGCCUCGCAUAAGAAGCCGGCAUCUCGCACUCGCAAUGUUCUGUGUAUCUGUUUUGGAUUCUGCUAUAACCUUGCAUCUCGUCUGGUACUUCAUCUGACUCCACAUUCUUUGACGGUAUCGCCAUUCGCUCACAUCAUAUCUGUUGCUUUCAUCUUGACGAUGAUUUUCCUGUCGCUUUUGGCUGUUAUCGUCGUUCCAAUCGUCAUCGCUUGCAGUCCACAAUCGAGGACGGCCCAACAAUUACCCGAUAACGAGACUUUCUCGCGCCAAAACGGCACCAAAUGGCACAUUCAAUAUGUUGGAAACAUCGAAUUCACUGGGCCAAUGGCAGAGCACAAACUCGGAGGCGACAAAUGUCGAUCCAGCUUCCUUGGCGGUAGACAUAUCUGGAACUGUGGUGACAUGAUGUGCUCUCCAGACAUCGACACAUGUGGUUUCGCCAUGGGUCCUGCAUUCUAUGGGACCAAGAAUGUCUCAGUCAUCGACGCGGUAGCACACUCCAACGUCGGGGCCUACGAACUUGCUUUGCCAUGGCAUGGAGAUCCCAAGCCAGUUGCACCCCAAUCGCAAUACGGCAUGGACACUUCGAAUAUUGCAGCCAUAAACGACACUACCGGGAUUGCUUACGUGUGGGAGAUUACUCGUGGAGGACCAGAUGGAAGCUUUGUCGACCAAGGUGCUGGCAUCGUUGCAGUAACGCUGGGCAAGACUCAGCCCAUUGCAAAAAGGCUCGGACCACUACUCACAGGUCCAGAAUCAGUCCAGCUGGGUCUCUUUGCCACCUUGAGAUCCAAAGGCUACAUCUACAACUAUAAUCAACAGGGUCCGUUUGGGAACAUAAUCGUGGGUCGGGUGAAAGCUAACGAUGCGGCAUUCGACGCCCGCAAAUACGAGUACCUUCUGUUCUCUGCUGACGGCGACGCUACACCAGUCUGGAGACGUGGUAUCCCAGCCGCGAGAGAUGCCACUCGGUACGGUAUGCGGACGGCUGAGAUUGGUGGUCGCUUCGCGUGUAGUCAAUAUGGCAGCGUAUUCUGGAGCUCCUACUUCCAACGCUACAUUUUGAUGUGCAACCUUUACCUCGACUAUAGUUUCUUCUAUCUGGCAGAGAGACCUUGGGGACCUUGGACCCGCGCAUAUAUGGUUCUAUCUGGUGACUCUGGUUGGAAUGGUUAUGGUAUCUCGGCCCAUCCAGGAUGGUCAUCCAAACCGAAUGAGCUAUACUUUUCGCAAGGUCCCAAUGGACCACUCAACAUGUUCAAGCUCACGUUCGAAUACUAG